AGUCACCACUCUGCACUAUAAAAGCACCCUAAACCCUUCUCUAUAUUCGGCGUAAGGCGGCAGAUUACAGAAAAAAUCAAGAAAUCUCAAUCUCUACUGUUCCCAAUCUUCUUUUUGCGUGCGCGUCAAGCUACUAAGAUCAUUUUCAAUGGCGUCCUCACUUGCUCUCAAGCGCCUCGUCUCCUCCAAUCUCCUCCCUAAAUCUCUUUUCGCUCCGAUCCGCCCUAUUGCUUCAAUCCGAUCGGAUGCUUCCAGAUACUUCAACACCAAUGCUGUGCGCAACUACGACGAUGACGCUGUUGAUGUCGAGCGUCGCAUCGACGUCGAUCGCAGCCCCGGUCGUUCUCCUUAUAGCGGUCGUGGCAGUCGCGACGAUUUCCUCUCAGGUAAUGUUUUUGAUCCAUUCUCACCGACAAGGAGUCUGAGCCAGGUCCUGAAUCUAAUGGACCAAUUCAUGGAAAAUCCUUUCGUCUCUGCUUCUCGCGGCGUCGGUGGAGGACUACGCCGCGGCUGGGAUGCGAAGGAGACAGAUGAUGCUCUGCAUCUCCGAGUCGACAUGCCUGGACUUGGAAAAGAGGAUGUGAGGGUAUCAGUGGAGCAGAACACUCUGAUCAUCAAAGGCGAAGGUGGAAAAGAAGAAGGUGAGGAAGAAAGUGGAAGAAGGUACACAAGCAGGAUUGAUUUGCCAGAGAAGCUGUACAGGACCGAUCAGAUCAAAGCUGAGAUGAAGAACGGUGUGCUGAAGGUUCUGGUGCCUAAGGUCAAGGAAGACGAAAGGUCCGAUGUGCUCCACAUUAAUGUUGAGUAAAAUUGGCUGUAAUGUGUCUAUUUUUGGUUUAACCUUUUUGCAGUGUCUUUCUAGCAAAAUAGUACGUGGAUUAUCUGAAUGGUUUUUGGACUUAAUGUAAAGCUUUUAAAUUCUGUUGGUCGGUUUUUCAUUCGGUCCGAGUUUGCUAACAAAGAUAAGUGUUAACUCUAUGUUUAGUUUCAUAAUAAUACAUUAAUCAGAGUGGGUUUGUUUUAA